AUGAAAAGAUGUUCUCCAGUCCUCGACACUCCCAUGCCUGUCGGUGAAGCAAACCUUACAACUUGGAGAGAUCACUUCAAUACCUUGCUGAACCGGCAGCUUUCAUCUGCUCCUGAACACGAACACAUUCGUAGGCCGUCAUAUGUGGAUAACGAGGAACCACUGACCGAGUCGGAGUUCGGUUCUAGUCUGUAUUCAAAACAUGAAAAUGGAAAAUCUGGUGGAGACGAGAGUAUAAGCGCAAAAAUGCUGAAAUAUCUUCCUCCGUCUGGGAUUCGUGAAAUGACAAAGAUCAUCCGUUCAGUAUGGAUAGACGAAAGGACCCUAAUACGCUAUCAUAAGGUUAAUGAGCGGAUUCUCUUCAAUCGAGUUAAAAAAACGCGAAUGAAUGACGUGCAACGAGCAAGCUGUCUUUCGUCCUGUCCGAUCUAG